AUGUCUGAUAUCGAUAUCUUGCACUUGGGGGAGGACUGGACCUACCCCGAACUUGCUCAUCUUAUUGAAAUCCCUGGAUUUCGUCUCUUCCAUUCGCCUAGAGUGGUGCGCCGUCACAUGCGCAGUACUCAUGGGCAUGGGGGAUCUGCUGUCUAUGUCAGGAACUCGCUUGCCUCGGAAGUCAAGGUCCUUCGCCUCAAUGGUGACUCUGACAGGGACUGGAUCUGGUUGGCUGUUUGUGGAGUAAGUUGUUGCUUCGCUUACGCCCCUCCUCCCAACAGCGUUGCCAUUGUGGAUGAGGAAGACCCUCUCCUAACUAUUUAUGGGGAAGCUGCUGUGUAUGCGCUUUCUGGACCCGUGGUGAUUUUGGGUGACUUAAAUGCGCGUACCGGCUCUCUCUCCACUGACCUCCCCUCUUCCAAGGUUCUUACCUUUCCAGGUCGACGGACUCGGUCGGCCCCUCUCCGCGUAUUCACCUCCCGCGAUGCUCCGCCCUUAGAGGUUGUUGAGGAAUUUGAGUACGUCGGUGUUACAGUCUCGGCAACACGGGCGUGGUCCUCCAAGUCCCAUUGCAGGAAAGCGAUCGCGAAAGCCAGACAUACCCUCUUCUCGCUAGCCCUGGUGGAGCCCUACCUCAUAUAUGGAGUAGUUGUUACCUUCAACGGCCCAUUCCAUGCGGAGUAUGAUAUGCUCCACAGGACCGCCAUGCGCAUCGCUACAGGAGUCUCCCCCAGGUCGAUCACGGCUCCUCUGUUUUACGACCUUGCGGAACUCCCUUUCUUUGACCGCAGGACAGUCCUACUUGCGGGUUACUUCGAUUAUCUACGUGCUCUACCUCCCGGCCGCCUUGCCCACGAGGCUUUCCUUUCCUCCCAGCGCUUGGCUGAGCAGGGUCACAGGGGCUGGUAUUCUGUCGCUCGGGAUAGGUUCCAGCAACUGGGGAUUGACCUUACACAGGGUGAGCAGAUCGGUCCACUCUCUAAGACGCUUGCCAGGAAAGGGUGUAUUCUACUUAUACCGACGCUGUACAGCGUUUCAAUCGCUUGUCUCAUCUCCGCCCCCGCCUCCGCCCCCAUCCCUCAUCCGCCUCACCGGUAA